AUGUCUGGCGGUGACGAGCAGGGUUUUGAUGUCCGGUAUUGCGAGCCGCCUCCGUUUGGGCGACAAUCGUCGGCCCCGGUAUUUGGCCAAUCUGUCAAUGAGCACACUACCACUUCUUUAGGUGACUCGCCGACCGACUCUUUCUCCCCCCAGGCACAAUCAUCGACCACGUAUUUUUCACCGUCGGGCUCCAUUCGUCCCCAUAAUUCCUCUUCCGCAAAUCACCUGUCGGGCGAUCAAUUGCAAGAUAGUAGAGGGGUGUCUCCAGACCCUGCUGACUAUUAUCGCCAGCGUGGAUCCCUGCCAGGAACAUCGUCCAAUGUAAGAGAGGGGUUCGGCGAUGUAAUAACGGGCAUGGCUGCGGCCAACUAUCCUGCAGUCGGUGACAAAGUGUCACCCCUGCCAACAAACAUGUUGGAGUCAUCGCGCGCUAGACGUCAACCAUAUCGCUCAACCUCAGAUUCUCCAACAUUAGGAGCUCCCUCUGCCAACAUACCUCCGUUGAAAACGAACCAAAGAUCACGACAGCCAUCGUUCAAAGAUCUUGUCAACAAGUUCAACAAAACGUCCGAUCAGAUCUUACCUUUGCCAUCUGUUUCUCGUCCGGCCUCAAGGGCACCAAGCCCUUCCGGAAGUGUUGACGGAGAGCGAAAUCGGGUAUUGCCACGACGUCGUCAGUAUCGUGAUUCCCUACCAGAGUCGACCACCAAUUCUCAAGCGAUAGUCGAUUCGACCCCAUCGUCGCCGGAGAUAGAGAGAUUCGGUCCGCCCCUAGACACAAACGGUGCUAUUCCGCCACCUCUGUUUCAACGGACCCCGGUGUCGCAUCCUCGCCGGCCAUUAUUCGGUGAACUGUUGCCGAUCAACACACAGAUUCACAACGGAGUCAUAUCGCGUCUACAACAACGCCGCGGGUCGGAUGGAAGUAUUCCAAGUCCAAACCCAGCCUUCCUUGAGCAUCACGAUCAAUAUCCCGCAAAAUCACCACUUACACCUACUGCAUGGUAUCUUGGACACACAACUUCUUUGGAGGCCGUCCACGGGAUAAAUACAACCGGUAAACAUCGCCGAGUUCAAAGUGACUUGGAUAAAAUAAGAGAACCCCUUGCAGAACCGUGGAAUCCUGAAAUGGCGGUACCUGCGCCCUUGCGCCGGACCAAACCCGGCCAUGGAUCGCCCCCGGACAGUCCAAAUUCCAAGUCUCGCAUUCCUGUCUUCUCGCACCGCCUCACUGCUUCCGGCCCCGAAAGCUUAUCACCCUCCUCCAAUCCAACCUUCAGCAGCCGAUCCGCUGCCAUCACCUCGCCGCCCAAGGGCAGUAGUCGCCUUCCUAUUCCGUCACCUAAACAAAGUCCUCCUCGCAUGCCAGCAGACGAUCCCUCUUCGUUCGCGACAACCUCGCGUGGUAGACGGGAUCUAACAAUUGGCCGAACCCGCAAUCAAUUAUCUGAAUCCAGCCGGCGACUUCAGGCCUACAUCGCUGAGCCGCCGCCCAAAAAGUCGCCUCCGUUGCGCAGUUCACGACCUCGACAACCCGUCUCACAUGCCAGCCACAGCGGCUCGCGGUCUCGUCCUGAACGCAAAUUACCCGAAUUGGGCAAGGUUGAUUUUGACGCUCGUCGGCGGCACAUUCAACAGGCCAUCAACCGACACUCAGGCACCCCCCUUGCUGAAAAGAAUCAGAAUGACAGAGGACCGGACAUAUCAACUGCUGCAAAGGCAAAGCUUCGACAUCACGCUUUGGCGCGAGAGCAGGAGACGCAUGAAGACUUCAAGCAACCGACAGAUGAACCUACAAUUACCCCCAACGUACCCAUGACUAACGCGCCGUCAUCCGAUGAGAUGAUUACGAUGGUCGAAGAGGUGACCGACUCGGUUGAGUAUAAGGAAAAUAUGGUUCAUGCCGUGCCUAGGCUGCACCUCAACACUGCCCUGCCGGCCUCGGAUAUGGCAGCGCCCCACACAACAAUGGACUCUCCCACCCUUGGCCUCCCACAGGGUAUGAAUUCGACGACUGCAGAUCAAAAACAGCCUACCAAUGGUGUCAUAACACAUUCGGCUGCUACGUCGGACUCCGGCGAUACCCAUGUCACUACUUUUGAUCCGGAGCCGCAGUCCGGGCUGUUGCAGCGCAAUCCCAGCAUUUCUCAUCGAACUAUUCUGGAUCAAAUAAUGCAAAUCCGCGACAGCCCGAGUGACGACUCAUGCGAUGAACCCGAUUGUAGUCUGUCAGAGAACGACGACAGAGAAUCCAUCCAGAUUAUGCUUGGAGAUACGACCUAUUACAAUUCGUCUAGCAGCACCAAUACUCAAGAGGCUGAGCAUUCAUCAAUGAACCGGGCUCAAAAUGGGACUCAUCUUCACAACCGAUGGAGCAUCAGUUCAUGGUCCUCUAUACAAAACCAACAUUCCACCUGUGACGAGCAGUGUGACGAGAGUGGGGAUGAUUCUCUGCUACAAGGCCGUGAAACAGAACCACCAACUGAAACUUGUUCAGCUGUCUCAACAAGGCCAGCUUCAAUAGUGGACAAUGAAUCAUCAGUUUCGACCCAAUGCCUUCUCUACCCCCCAAGCUUGGCUAGAUUGGGCAAAUGGGACUCGAAGCGUGCCACUCAGCUUUAUCUGGAGGAGUUGACGCGAGGCAGGAGCCAAUACCCUGGCUCAACAAUUCACAUCUCGUCCGAGCCUCGAUCUCAUCCCAUGGAUACACGUACAAAUGGGCGACCCGGUAGUCUGACUGACGAUCCAGUCAUCGUGCCAGAAUUCCAAGAGUUCCGUGCCUCCGAUAAACUCUCACACACGGCUAGUUUGGUUGGACGAGAUGAUUGGGAACAUGCAUCUCCCUCUAUCAUGGACUGGAUGCAGGUUGCAGCUGAAGAUGAAGUUAUGACUCCGGACACUGAAACUGAUGGCAUGCGUACUGAAGGGUUGCUCACACCACGCGUGGUGCCUUCGGCAGUCCACGACGUGGGCGCAUCGAGUACAAACAGUGGUCUUGGACUCUCCGUUGAUAUCCAAGCUCCCAACGAGCAGACCCAGGCUAGUGUUUUCCCUUCAUCAACAUUCCCCCCGUCUUCAACAACUCAAUCACUCGAUAAUGAACCUCCUGGAGGUGAAAAUCCGCUUAUCUCUUCGGGCCACAUUGGACUCAACCACGGUAUACACACUGCUGCGGGACACAGCCCGGGUAGCAGUCAAGACUCUUCAUUUCAAACUUUGGAGUCUAUUCAAUCUUCUAUGGCCGCUGACUCCUCCGCUACUUCGCUUAUUCCGUCUACUGAGCAAACCAUUAGGGUUGAGCCAAAGGAUUCACCUUCUCCGGAACAACGACGUCUCAAGAAGCGGCGUCACAUAAUCAAAGAACUUGUUGAUACGGAACACACCUUUGGUCAUGAUAUGAUAAUCAUUGAGGAUAUCUACAAGAGUACCUCGCUCACAGUGUUGGAUCCCGAUGAUGUCAAGGUUCUCUUCGCCAAUUCCGAUCAAGUCGCGGCAUUUUCCGACAAGUUUUUGUAUGAUCUAAAACAAGCAGCUCAAAGCAUCUACGUUAUACCAAAGGCUCUGCGAUGGACCAGCAAGCGAAAGCGCAACAAUCAGUCUGCCGAGUCCACUACCCCAGAGGCCGAUGAAGCAGCCGAGCUUGCAGGAAUGUCAGAGCUCGAAAAGGAUCGCGCGACCUCUGUGGGUCAGAUUUUUGUCACCCACAUGGCGCAGAUGGAAAAGGUGUACACCGACUACUUGAAGAACCACGAUACUGCAAACAAGAAACUUCAGGUUGUGCAGCGUAAUCCGAAAGUCAGCUUUUGGCUGAGCGAAUGUCAGAAGGGUGCUAUGGAUCUCACCACCGCCUGGGAUUUGGACUCUUUGCUUGUUAAACCCGUGCAAAGAAUCUUGAAGUAUCCCCUUAUUCUCCGCGAUCUAUUGGAGUCCACGCCAAACGACCACCCCGACCGAGCGGCGAUUGCCAGUGCCCUGGAAGAGGUCACAAAUGUUUCUCAUCGUAUCAACGAGCUGAAGAAACGAGUAGACCUUGUUGGUCAAGCCGUCGGUCGAAAGCGCAACCAGUCCGAUGUGCGCACCGGUCUGUCUAAAGCAUUUGGUCGCCGCACAGAGAAAUUCAGACAGCAAGUUGGCCUCUCCGACCUGUUUGAAGAUAAAACCUAUGAUUCGCUAGCGCAAAAGCUUAGCGACGGCUAUUUCCAGUUGCAGGUUGUCAUGCGUGACGCCGAGAGUUAUUCCCGAGAUGUGCAACUUUACGUGAACCAGUUCAAUGAGUAUGCCGAUUCGAUUGAAGAGAUUGUUAGCAUGUCGCCUUCUCCGUAUCCACAAUUGGAGAUCAAGUGGCAUCAGUUCAAGAUGACAGUUCAGGAACUUGUGAAGACUGCUCUGCCAGAACAUCUUGCUGUCGUCCGCAAAACGGUUAUUGAUCCGAUGGUUGAACUACUAGGACUAUACAAUGCACCCCAGCGAGUCAUGCGGAAGCGCGACAAGCGACUCCCGGAAUAUGCGCGCUACAAAGCCAUUAAAGACCGUGGCGACAAACCUGAUAAGAAGACUAUCGAACAGGGCGAGCAAUUCCUGGCUUUGAAUGAUACUUUGAAGGAUGAAUUGCCUAAGCUCUAUGCGUUGACUGCCAAACUGAUGGCAGCAUGUCUGAAGAACUUUAUCGAAAUUCAAACUGUGUGGUACAGCGUUCUACAGAAAAAGAUUGGUGUUCAUGUGGAAUUAUUCCCCAAUGACCUCGACAGGCUCAUCAGCGACUUCAAUAGCGACCACACUUUAAUGGAAGCACGAGUGGCGGAGCUAAGCUCUUGCAACGGGGCGAUGAUAGCUCAUUCGCUCAAUUUGGUCCCACUUUCACCCAGUGAGCGUCAAAACCCCAUGUCACCUCGCCGUCCUUCUACGGUGAACAGCUCAAAUGCGCGACCUGGGUCUAUGAACGAUGAUUCACCCAAAAUGUCCCGGGAUUUCAGCGUCGGCAGCCAAUCAUUCCAGUCUCCUCAGAUAGAAAGCCACUCCAGCCGCAGCAGCCGUUACCGGGCUGAUUCCAUUCUAUCUGGUCGAAUUGUCCCAGGCACUCCCAAUCAACUGCUGCAGCAAGUUACCAGUUCUUCCACCCCUGGGAGGACGAGUGACGUCGAGCCGUUCCCAAGCUUACCGAGACUCAGCCUAGACACACCUUUCCUCGAGGAUGUGAUCAACAGCUCCUCGCACUCGAGCAAUGCGCCAACCUCCCCGACUGAUCGAUACUCGGGAUUUUUCUCGUCUGCCAUGCCCAUGUCGGAUGUGCCAAGUGAUACCGUUGUGGAUGGACACUUUGAACGCAGCGCCCCUCCCGUAGGCCCUGCAACGUUGUUCUGCGCGGCGAGUGUUUAUGACUUUGAAAUCGACGCUCGUACCGAGGGUGGAUAUCCCUAUCUGACCUACGCGUCCGGGGAUAUCUUCGACGUCAUAGGCGAGAAGGGCGAGCUUUGGCUUGCCCGUAAUCAGGACGAUGUUACCAGGACAGUUGGGUGGAUUUGGAACAAGCAUUUUGCCCGACUCAGCACCUGA